UGAUAGCGGACACCAUUUCAAUUCAAAACAGAACCAUAAAAAUAGGCGAUUCCCCCAAGUUAAUUCGACUUCUCAAUUCAGUUUGUCGAAAAGUUAUUGCUCGAAUAAAUCAAAUUAAUACUCAGUUUUGUAUAUUUAGUGUUCAUGGCUGACGACUCGAAGAAAUGCGAAUCUGAAGUGAAGCCCGAAACCGAAGAAAGUACCGCCGCGGAAGCACAGAAGUUAUCUCCGAAGAAAGAGGCUGCCUUAGGCGGCGGCGGAUGGGGCGGAUGGGGAUUUUCUCUUUCGUAUCUCUCGGAUCUUCAGAAAGCUGCCGCUGAGGCCGCUGAAGAGAUCUCUCGCAAUGCUGUUGAGGCUGCCAGGACAGCAGCAAAGAGCAUUUCAGAGACAGUGGAUGAAGAUUCGGAAUCUUCCAAGGAAGAUAACACAGAAGUGUCUGCUGCAGAAGAGGAAACUGAUGAUGAGCAUGAUAAGCAGCGGAAAGAAGCUCUGGCUAAAUUAGAGAAAGCCAGCGAGGAUUCCUUCCUUAGUCAAGGUUUGAAGGUUAUUGAUACAUCUGUGGAAACCUUUGCCUCGGGUGCUUGGCAAGCUCUUGGAACUGCAUGGAAAGGGCUUGAGAAUUCAGCUACAAAUUUAGCUGAUUCAAUUCAACAUGGCAGUCUACCUGGCUCAGCUGGUUCUGUUGCACCAUCCUUAUUAGAGACUGGAAAAGCUUUUACAGCUAAGGGUAUGCAUGUGCUAGAGCAAGUUGGAAAAGAUACUAUGGAUCUUAUAAUUUCAGAAACUGGGAUCCUAGUUGACAAUAAAUCUGAUGGUAAUGGAGAUGAAGAUCAAUUAUUUGAAGAAAUUUCAUUUGAUAGGUGCUUCUAUAUUUAUGGAGGUCCAGAACAGUUGGAGGAAUUGGAGGCACUAUCCAACCACUAUGCAUUGUUAUACAACCGAAGAAAGGCUAAACUAUCUUCGGAAGAAAACUCUAUUUAUGAUGGGAAGUUGAAAGAAGUCCAAAGCAUAUUUGACUUAGGCUCUGAACUUGAUGGCAAUGUUAAAUAUUCAGAGAAAGGGAAGGAAAAAGAGGCUGGAAAUGAUGAAAGCAUGAAUGAAUUGAAAAAAUUGCAUGAUUCAAGUGUUCGCAAGGCUGCUGAAUUGGCUUCUGGUUUUGCAAGUGCUUUGGCUGGACUGGCUCCAAAUGACAUCAUUCAGAGAACUUCCGGAAGGCUCGACACUAUUCACUCAGAGGGUGUUCAUAGGCUCUCUGAAAUUUGCUGUUUUGCGGUAACUCAUCUUCUGAUGCUUGGGAAGUCCAUCAUAUCCAAUGCAAACAAACUCCAACAUCAAGAGAUUGAGGAGGAAACAUUGAAAAUUGAUUGGCCUGAGGAUUCUGUUGAAAGAGCCAAGAUUAUCAGAACAAAGGCACAAUCAGUAACAGAGAAUAUGGAAGCUGUCUUCAAUGGUUUCAUUACUGGCAUAUCAGAAGUAACAGAAUCGUACUCAGCAGCCAUGAAAAGUGCUGCUGAGUCACAAGGUCUUCCUGAGAAGUCGAUUGAGGAAAAGGCGUGUUUGUUCACUGAGAAUCUUCGAACUGAUCAUAGCACAGCUGUGGGUAAAAUGCAGGAUGGACUUCAGUAUUUGACAUACUUGGUUAUCACUACCUCAAUACCUGCUGCUGUGUGAAAGUCGGAAAAAGUACUACUUGCAAAAUGCAUUCCACUUCCAUUUGUAAAUAGUCUCUAAAUCUUUGUUCGAUUUGCCUGCCCCAUUAUGUAGCAACUUCAUUUCACAAUUAUGUUCUUUAGCUAUAUCUCAACUCCCGCUGUUUUAUUCAAGGGAAGAAAAUAAAAUACCAAGUUCGAUGAUGCCCAAGUACAAUUUGUUAUUGUUAAUGAAAUGUUUUGAAUACUCGACUUUUUAGCAGUCAAAGGUUGUGAAAAAUGCUUAAAGCUCAA